CUGAGGAUUAGUUUCUGAAAUUGCAUAUAUAAUAUUUGUGUAUUCUAGUCCAGGGCCUGAAGUCGUGGCUCAACAGUACCUCCUAACCCUUGUGAAGUCAAGAAUAAGAAAAUCCACGGAACGCUGGAUGAAUAUAGCCUGUGUUCUUACUGAAAUGAUUUCUUUCGAGCAAGGUUCCUUUUGCAAGGCAUCUGCAAGGUUCUUCAACUGUACUGUAAAAGUCCACUCUGCAUUAGAUUUUUGCAUGUGAAACAAAACACGGGCCUUCUAAACCGAACAUUUUCUUGUGGCCCCGUGAAAGGGACGAUAAUGAUGUUGUUAGCAAUAGUUGAUAGCUGAUACUAAACACAAAGUUUAGGUAGUGUAUACACAGCAGCAACUGAAGAAGUGUUUCUGAACGCCUUUUUAUUUGACCUCCAUUUCUGAUCGAGUCCUGCCAGAUACGAGGAAAUGUUUAGGCUUGUUAUCAGGUUUGUUGCCAAUUUCUACAGUAGAAUGCUCUGUCGUGUUCUUUGCAAGUUAUUUCCAGCAUUUUGAUGCCCUGUUCAGAUACAGCAGCCCGUGAUAAUCUCAGAGCAAGCAGAGUUAUAUUCCUGAACUUCCAUCUCGAGUUAGCCAGGUAUCUUUUCCAUUACCUUGUGCGUGAAUUAGUAUUAAUUCUGUGAUUCUAUCUUAGUCCGUAUAUUUUCUAGGUUUGCAUCUUAAAAACCCGAUUGUAUCAUCUUCUGUUCCUAAGGAAGUAAUUCUUGCAGCGGUUAAAAGGGCAAAAGUUCACGAGAAGAAGAACUAUGCAAAAGCAGAUGAACUUCACAAAAAUAUGCAUGUCUCUCUUAUCUGAUAGACUUCCUUAGUGUUUUCGGUUUCUUAUGCAGGAAAUAAUGCUUGCGAAAAGGUCUAGUGUGUCAUUAUAUUGUUGCCUAUGAUAAGCGUAUGGUGCUCGAAUAGGUAAGAUUGAUAGACCUUAAGCGUAUAGUGAUAACCUAUGAUUCAAGGCUUCUAGAAAGAUCCCUGAAACUGCUGGAUUUACGUGUAACUGUAUAAACUGUAUAUUGAGUAUAUGUGUUUGAUGCUUUUGACAACAAAGAACGUUUGUAUUCACCUAGUAACAACAAUUGCUUAGUUGUCUUGUUGAUUUGUCGUAUCUUCUAAAUUUAAGGGUGUUGGUUUAUUUUUGGGUUUAUCAAUCUGGGGUUGAGAAUGAAAGUCUGUUUCUUUGCCAAAGAAAGUAAACCAAACCCUGCAAAAUCUGUUUCCAUUGAAUAUUUUUCGAUAAUGUGACUUAGAUUGAUAUUCUGCAUCAGGAAGGAUUAUUAAGGGCUCUAAAGGCAGGGCCCUUCAUAAUCGUGUGCUCUUCGAAUUCUCGAAACCCUGAGUUUUCCGAAAGAGGAAUUCAGGGCGGCAUAACGAUGCCAAAGAAUAACGGGACAGAAUGGGAAGUAGGAGAUCCGACGAUAAGCGUAGUGGGCGAGCAAUUCUGCAAUCCAUACCCAAUGGAGCUGAUUGUGAAGAGAAAGGUUCAUAACUUCUCGAGAGAUCACUAUGAAGUAUUUGAUCUCAGCGGAAAUCUCCUCCUUCAGAUCGAGGGACAGGCUUGGGGAUUCAACCGCAAAAGGGUCAUGCGCGAUCCUGCUGGUUUCACCAUCCUCACCAUGCGCCAAAAGGGAAUCACAUUGAAGAACAAAUGGGAGGUGUACGGAGGGGAUAGCAAGGAUCGAGAAGAUAUGCUCUUUGUAGCAAGGCAAACGCAGGCGAUGACUCUGAAGACGUCUCUCGACGUUUUCUUGCCCGACAAUCUCAAGAGGGCCGUUUGCGAUUUCCGUGCUUCGGGUGGAUACUCCAAUAUCUCCUUCAAGGUCUUCAAAUCCGACUCUCUCAUCGCCGGGGUGACUCAUAAAUUCUCAUGGGGGAGCUUCUGCAAGGGCAAGUACAAUUUCAGGGUUAGAGUCAAUCCAGAGGUCGAUUACGCGUUCAUCGUCUCUUUGCUUGUCAUCGUCGACGACAACGAGAACUUGUGUUGAUCACACAUGUCACCAUUAUAUAUACUCUAAUUACCCAUUCGCCUUUUUUUUUUUGGGUGUAUCGUUGGAGUUUUUAACUUGUAGAUCUUGUCCCUAGUUUUUGUCCCUCCCGUUCUGUUUGUUUGGUUCCAAAAUGGUUACAAUCUGUUUCGCCUGCUGUGUAAAGAAAACCGUUGUGAAAAUGUACCAGUCUUGGUCUGCCUGAAAAUAAUUUUCGUUGUUAUGUUC